UUCACGAGUUUUUAAUUAUGAAAGACUUUAUGAGUGGUAUAAAUGGAAUAAUUGGAUCAGAUUUCUUUUUGAAACACAAUGCUUGCAUCGAUUAUGAAAAAUUUACAUUUUCGAUUAAUUUGGAAGGACAAAAAGUUAUUAUUCCGUUAAGGUGGGUCUUAGCGGUCCGUACCGUGGUUCAACUCGGCUCGGCGAAGCGUGGCUUCGCGCCGCGCUGUUCCGAAGCAUCGUCUUAGCCGAUUCUUGCCUUGCUUGACUUUUGUCGACGCAGCACGGUUUGCGCUAACCGAAAAAUCGCCGGUUCGUGUUUUAUUGUCAGUGCAGUACGGUUUUAACGGUUGAAGAGAAACAUUGUUCACAAAUGGAGGCCCAGACUAAGGAAUUUUUUUUCCGGAGAAGAAGAAUUUUAUGUCUUAAUUAUUUAUAUUGGAAAGCAAUAAUAAGACGACGCGAGACGAAAGCGAUUAUUAGGAAAAGGAGUAGAGAAGGAGCAUUUCACAAUUUAACGGUGGAGAUGCGAUUGAGUGAUCCAGAGUCCUUUUUCAAUUUUUAUCGUAUGUCUCCUUCUUUAUUUGAUAAGUUGUUAGGAUAUAUCUAUAAUGAUAUAAAGAAGGAAGAUGUCCAUAACGCAAUAAAACCCUCAGAAAGGUUAGCGUUGACGUUAAGAUAUUUGGCUACCGGUGAUAGUAUGGUGUCAUUGACCUACUUAUUUCGAAUAGGAAAAAGCACUGUCCCAUACAUUAUAAUGGAAGUGUGCACGGCCAUAUGGAAGCGAUUAUCAAACAUGGUAAUAAAACCAUUGACAAAGGACAAUUUCCGAGAAAUUGCAAAGGAUUUUGAAGAAAAGUGGAACUUUCCCCACUGCAUUGGGGCUCUUGAUGGCAAACAUGUAUUAAUACAGUUAACGAAAAAUUAG